GUGAACUCAAGCUUCUCCCGCGAGAAUUGAACGUUAAUUAAACAAAUAUUAUUUACGAUUAUUUCGAACGAAAGACGAGACGCGAAAAUGUGCGGAGACCAAACAAACGAGCUGCUGCAUUGCAAUAAAACGCUUGAUUGAGUUUAAGCGGCUUUUUUUUUAUUACCAAUAGCAAAAGCUUGGUGGAAAAAAGUUUGAAUAAACAAUCGCACGAAUUCACGAUCAAGCUGUGGUCCUCUUAAACAAUAAACCUAGGAGUUGAGUAGACUCAUUUUCCUACACAAAAAACUAAAAAGGGUCAUCGCCUCCCUCACAAUCACAAAAUGUUGCGUAAUACGCCUUUUGGGGCCACGCCCACCUACAAAUUACUGCUGGGCUUCGGCCUCUGCUCCCUCGGCGGAGCCAUGCUAUACGCGUACUUUAAGAACCGACACGACGAGGAGGAGGAAGGACAGGAGCCCAGAUCAAGGAAUGGGGCCCAGAGCCAGCAGGAGCAGAAGCCACAAAAGGAGGUCUGUCUCAAAAUCGUUGUGGACAAUGAACAUGUGCCCCUGAUAAUGGGACGCGGUGGUUCCAAUAUCAAGUUGAUUGAAGAAAAAACGUUGGCCAAGAUAAGAUUACGAGACAAGGACAGUGGUCACAAAUUCUGUGACAUUAGCGGCCUGCCCGAUGCUGUCAAGGCUGCUCGUGUCCUGCUUAUCAAGGAGAUUGAGAGGGCACCCAUGGUAAAAGUGGAGCUUCAAGUGCCCCAAAGGUUAGCCAGCAAACUAACUGGACGCGGCGGAGAGCUGAUACAGGAAAUCCGAAGCAGCUCGCUGGCCAAGCUGAACAUUGAUCCGAACGGACGAAAUGGCAAGGCCAAAAUCACCAUAGUGGGCAACCAGAAGCAGGUGAAUAUAGCGCGGAAAAUGAUGGACGAUCAGAUAGAGGAGGACGAGGAACUGCUGCGAUCUAUGGAGGAAGUGGAACAGCGUCGCGAGCCUCGUCGUUCACCCACCAACAGCAUUGCCUCCUCCAGCCUGUAUUCCUCCCAGACAUCCCUGAGUUCGCACACCCAGCCUAGGGAUAAGCUAAUGGCGGCCAAGGGCGAUGGCAAGCCCAUGGAAGUGUAUGUCUCCGCCGUGGCCUCGCCCACCAAGUUCUGGGUGCAGCUUAUUGGUCCGCAGUCCAAGAAGCUGGAUCACAUGGUCCAGGAGAUGACCAGCUACUACAGCAGUGCCGAGAACAGGGCGAAACAUGUCCUGACUGCUCCCUAUGUGGGCCAAAUUGUUGCCGCCGUCUUCAAGUUCGAUGAGAAGUGGUAUCGGGCUGAGAUCGUGGACAUUAUGCCUAACCAGUACAAUCCCCAAGAGCAGGUGAUCGAUCUGUACUUUGUGGACUACGGGGAUAGCGAGUACAUCUCGCCAGCGGAUAUCUGUGAGCUGCGCACUGAUUUUUUAACGCUCAGAUUCCAAGCUGUGGAGUGCUUUUUGGCCAAUGUCAAAUCCACUAUUCAAACGGAGCCCAUAACCUGGCAAAAAUCUUCAAUAGCCAAGUUUGAAGAGCUGACAGAGGUGGCCCACUGGCGGAAGCUUAUUGCCCGAGUAGUCACCUACAAGGAGCGCCCAAAGGCGGCCAACUCUGCAGCCUUGAAUUCCGCUGCCAAGGAGGGCACUCCGCUGCCCGGCGUGGAACUAUUCGAUCCAGCUGAGGGCGCUGAAGUGAAUAUUGGUGAUUUGAUGAUCACCCACGGGUUUGCUCUGCCUCUGGAUGAUGAGUAUCCGGUAAGGUCGCGAUCCUCAACGCCUUCCAGUAACAGCGACUCUACCAUCGAAGAGCUGUGCGUCAGCAAUCCCGCCACUCCCCUCACGCCACGCUCGCCCAUGUCGCUGUCCAUUGCGGAUUCAGAGAGCAUUACCCAGGCGGAGGAUGCACACAUCGCCCAACAGCUGCAGCAUCUGCAACACAAACUCAAUGGCAACGAUAUAGGUCUAAGCAUUAGUCCUGCAAAGCUGACAUCAGCUGACCUCGAGAAUGGGAACAAUAACAACAGUGCAAGCACCACCAAUGGAAGGUCAACGCACUAGAGAAUCCACCCACAAUUGUUACUAGUUAUCCUCGCCCAAGGCUUUUCACCAGACGGGCAGCUCACUACUUGACGUGUACAUAAAAGUAUAGCUCUUAAGGAACUUAUUAUAUAGGAAUUGAAACUAAAAACUGGUUAAUUUAUCGCCGUGACUGCUCGACAUAUCCUAGAUCCUAGACGACCGGCACAGAUCCUUAAUUGUUUAUAGACAGCUAUGCCAUGUUACUUAUUCUUAGCAAUAAAGACGAACAAGAC